CAGAGAAGAAACAUCAAACAUGGCUGCUGCUGUUGGAGUCACAGAAUUUAUUGGAGCAGAGAUGAUUGAGAAGGCAAUUUCUUUGGCCUGGAAGGCUCACAAGACACCAGAAAAACCUUUCAUUCUUGAAAAGAAUCGCAAAGGGGACCCUCAACAAGUGUUCAUCAGCUUCCCAGCAUCAGGUUCUGCAAAAGAUUGGUACUCUCAGAAGCCUUUUGGGGAAGUCCCAAUAGACCUUGAUCUGUUCCCAUCACUUAAAAGCAUUGGUUACAAUGAUGCUGCUAAAGUAAAUGAAGCCUUUCAAGGAAGGUUCCAAGCUAUUUUGUCCAAGCCGUUACUUGAAACUGAGGUGAAAGAUGCAAUGGAUAAAAAGAGGCAAAUAGUAUUUACAGGGCACUCUUCUGGUUCCCCAAUGGCCAUUCUAGCAACCCUUUGGACCUUGGAGAAGUACCCAUCCACAAAAUCCAACGGUAGGGUACCUCCAAUUUGUGUAACUUUUGGUUCUCCUUUAAUUGGUAAUCAUAUUUUUUCUCAUGCUACAAGGAGAGAAAAUUGGUCCAACUUCUUCAUGCACUUUGUCAUGAGAUAUGACAUAGUACCUAGAAUCCUCCUUUCUCCACUCUCUUCUUUUGAUCAAAGAUUUGAACCGGUUUCGCAGUUCUUCAAUCCCAACCAUAAAUUCAAGUCUUUCAUGAGCGAAUCGGUUGGAAAAUCCUCACACACCUCUGAUUUCUUUAGUGUUGUGAUGUCUAAUACUGCAAAAGUUACAAGCCAUGCUGUUUCUAAGUUAAUAGGUACCACAGAUUCAACACUUGAAAUUAUUGCAAAUUUUGUUCCAUUAAGCCCUUAUAGACCCUUUGGAACCUACAUUUUCUGCACCGGAAAUGGAAAGCAUGUUGUUAUUAGAAACCCAGAUGCAGUUCUGCAGAUUCUGUUUUUCUCUGCUCAAUUAAGCACCGAAGCAGAAGUUGCUCAAGUUGGCAAUAGAAGCCUACAGGAACAUAGAACCAAACUGCAACUAAACUUUGGAAAGGAGAAUUUUGUGUUCUUGGAGCAGGACCAACUUGAGAAAGUUCCAUUGACUGAUGAUGGCUCAAAGGAUGAUAUUAGCAUGGCCUUCAAUGAUCUUGGCCUGAGCCCAAGAGCAAGAUUGUGUCUUCGAGCAGCAGCAGGGUUAGAGAAACAAAGACUGAAAAACGAGGAAAGAAUGAAAGAGAAGAUAGACUCUGAUGAAUUCGAGGAAAAAAUGAAGGAACUGGAGAAAUACAAACAAGUGAUGGAGCUUAAAAACAUUUGCUACUACGAUGCCUUCAAGAAGCAAGAAAGCUCUGAGGACUUCCAAGCAAAUGUGAAGAGGCUACAGCUGGCAAUGUUGUGGGACGAGAUAAUGGAGAAGCUAAGAAGUUAUGAACUACCAGAUGAGUUUGAAGGGAGAGCUGAAUGGGUCGAACACGCGAAGCGAUUUCGGAGGCUAGUCGAGCCUUUAGAUGUCGCCAACUACUACAGACACUUGAGGCAAAUUGAGGCUGGUACUUACAUGGGUAAGGGAAGGCCGAUGCGGUAUAAAUUCACUCAAAGGUGGCUUGAACAUGCGGAGGGAAGUAAGUUUGAAGAAGAGUACUCUGAAUCAUGCUUUUGGGCCGAGGUGGAGGAUCUUUCCCACAUAACAAAUAAUGCCACUAGUAUUGUUAAUGCUUCAUUUCAUAAAGAUGUUUUGGAUCGAACUCAGCAAAGGGUUGCGAGUUUGGUGGCUAGGAUAGAUGUAUGGAUUGACAAUAAGGUGCUAGAUAAGGAUGUGUUAUUGGAGGGUUCUACUUUGAUGAAUUGGUGGAAUUCUCUACCAUCGCAAUUUAGGAAUGGCUCGAGCAUUAAGAGUCUUGUCAAGUGUAAAGAAACAAAGUGAGAAGAAGCAAACAUGCAUGAGCAAUGAAAACUUUAGAUGCUUUCAUAUUUAUGCAGGCUUCUUUACAUGAAUAAAUUAAAAAGAAAUAAAAUUACGUGACUCUUUUAAUUUCUAAAAUAA